AUGAACAACAAACUCAUUGAACAACGCCACAACGCCUCUCCAACAGUGAGAAAGUGUACUAAAGCUAAGCCACGUUACUCAGAGUCAACUCUGUUGCACAGAGGGCUUUUUCCGUAUGGAGGCUUUUCUCGCGUAAUCCAUUUUCCAGUUGGAAGAAGUCUGCAUUGCCGCACAAUCAUUUUUGCCUUCGACUGGAAUCGCUCUGUCAGAUAUCGUGUCACAUUUUUAACGACUUAUGCGUCUUGA